GGUCAUUUAUUGUUAAUCAGCUGUACCGGAAGUGACCCUUGUUGACCUAUCAUCACCCCCCUGUGAUAACCUUGAGUGCUAUUUAUAGAAAACCACCCCUUCACAAUCCGCGUGUGACCCUGGACAGUUUCACGUUGACCUUUUGUUGCCUUUUGAACCCUAAUCUUUCAAAAUAAUGGCCCUCAUGAAGUGUUGUUUUGAUUCCCAAUGGGAAAUGCCCGAGUUUGUAGACGAAAUUGCCCAAAAAUGUACAAACCCUGGAUGCUGUUUUAGUUGUUCCUGCAUGCGACCACGAUACAAGAGGCUGGUUGAUAACAUUUUCCCGCCAAUACCUCAGGAUGGGUUAGUGAAAAACAACAUGGAGAAGUUGACAUUUUAUUCACUCUCUUCUCCUGAAAAACUAGACCGCAUUGGUGAAUACUUAUACCAGAGAGCUUGCAGAGACCUGUCCAGGAAAAGAACUGGGUUUGUGGUAAUUGCAAUGGAAGCUAUGGAUCAGUUGUUGGUCGCUUGUCACGCACAGACACUGAAUCUGUUUGUGGAGAGUUUUCUGCGAAUCGUACAAAAACUUUUGGAAUCCAUGGAACCUGAACUGCAGAUUCUGGCAACGCAGUCGUUUGUGAGGUUUGCCAACAUAGAAGAGGACACCCCUUCUUACCAUCGCAGAUAUGAUUUUUUCGUCUCCAAGUUCUCAUCAAUGUGCCACAGUAACCAUGCAGACCCAAAUGUUAGGGACAGCAUUCGGCUCGCAGGCAUCAAGGGACUGCAGGGUGUGAUCAGGAAAACUGUCUCAGAUGACCUGGUAGAAAACAUCUGGGAGGCCCAACAUAUGGAUAAGAUUGUUCCAUCUCUUCUCUACAAUAUGCAGGAUUCAAGGUACUUGGAGAGAGAGGCCAACAGUCCUGAGCCAGAAGAGGAGAAGAACUCGCCUCCGUCGCUGGCCGAGACAUGCAUCCGAGAAUUAGUGGGUCGAGCAUCCUUCGGCCACGUCAGAUGUGUCCUCAAACCUGUCCUCAAACACUUAGACCAUCAUGAUCUGUGGGUUCCUAACCAGUUUGCCAUCCACACUUUCAGAAUCAUCAUGUUUUCUAUUCAGUCACAAUACUCGUAUGCUGUCGUGGAGAGCUUGAUGAAUCAUCUGGAUGAAAACUCCAAGUCCAGUCCUAAGAUACGCACCAGCAUAGCCGAUGUUCUGUCCAAGAUCAUUGCCAUAGCUGCUGAGGAGAGUGUUGGUCCGUCAGUGCUAGAGAUCAUCAACUCACUGUUGACACACCUGAAGGGCAGUGUAGGCCGUGAGAGGGGAAGUGGAGGGGAGGAGAGGCAGUAUCAGGACGCUCUCAUCAACGCACUUGGAGAGUUUGCGGCUCACUUGCCAGACUACCAGAAAAUAGAAAUCAUGAUGUUCAUUAUGAGCAAGGUGCCAUUUAUCGCAGAGAACACGAGAGGCAGAGGUGACGCUUUACUACAACAGAUGCUACUCAAGUCCCUACUUACGGUGGGACGCAGAUAUCACACGGUGGCUCUCAACACAACAUUCCCUAUGUCGUUCCUCGACCCUCUGAUGAGGAUGUCUCUUAGUCAUGACCCUGACAUGAGGAUCCUUGUACAGAGAAUACUGCAGACUCUGCUGGACAGACACAGCAACACGGAGAAGCUGCUUAAGCCAGUCAUCAACUUAUCAGAACUGGAACUAGUGGCGGAGAAGUGCAGCCGUUCCGACUCUAUAUUCCUGCGCAAGAACUCACCUGACAUGUUCCAGUGUUUCCUGGACUCGCUGGAGCUGGAGAAUAACACGGUAGAGAACAUCGAGGCUGUAUACACGACCAUAGCUCUGCUGAUCGUGGAGGUUGGCUGUGAUGACACCAUCAGCGACUUCCUCAAUCUGAUGCUCAGGAUACAGGACCUAGCCAUAUCGAACAACAACAAGCUGCCCCCAGCACAGAGAUACAAUCUGCAUGCUGUGGUGGCUUGUCUACUUAUUCUGCUGCCUCACAUAGUGGCCAUCUCCCCACUCAAGGACUACAGCGAGAAGAUCAUAGAAGAGAGGAAGAGCCAGAAUGCCAGCCAUCUCCUGCCAGAGCUUCUGGUCCACUAUGACAUCAGGUCACCAGGACCAAUAGACCAGCUGCUGGUAGACAAGAACACCGUGGCUGAAUGCUUGAAGGCUGCUGGUCUAGACUCUGCCCAUGUCACACCUUCAACCAUGUCGCACAGGGCUUUGUCUCCUCCUGGCUAUGUGUUAAAGCACAGUUGGGUGGAGAACACAGCUGUGAUCAAAGGCAGUAUUGUGGACAUCUCAUCGGAGCUGGACAGUGCUACCUCCACCCCUGGAGUACAAAGGAAAUAUCCAGAAGAGGAGUUGACGUUUGAGGCGAUGAAGCGUGUUCUCUCUGAGAGUCCUGAGGUAAAGAGAGACGAGGAAGCAGAGAGACAGAGACAGUUGUGUGAGAGGUUCAGAACUACUCCCUUCAACGAACUGGUCGACCUCACCACCUCCAGGGAAGAAGAUUCCCUGCAGAGUAAACUGAGUGAAUUGUUCGGCCGACUGUCUACAUCAGUGAAUUCACCUCUAACCCCCUCCAACCCUACGUCUCCUCACCCCCACUCUCAGCCUUCACAACCCCCUGUCUACGAGGUGCUAUUCCCUGAACUCUUUGCCUACUAGAACUCACAAUCAUCUGGUAACAUUUCAUGCGAUUUUCUACUUAAUUUUACUAUGUAGCUUACAAAAGUUGUACCAAAAAGAAGGUAUUUUUGCUUAAAGUUGGAAAUUUCUCAAAUUGUUUACAUUUGAAAUACUAUUGGUAUUGAUCCAGGUAAUUUUAUGAAAGUUAUCAUGACUCUAUAUCGAAUUUAAAUGUGUUUAUUUUUGUUGCUAUUAUGUCAUUCUCUCACUGUUGUAAGUAACUCAAUAACCUCCAAUUUUACACAUUUUCUAUGGUCUUAAAGCAUUUUUGUCUUUUAAACUCCAUAAAAUAAUUUCCUAACUAAAUCUAUUUAAAUGUACUAUGUAGUGUAUACAUAACAAAAGCAAUGCAUUAUACUCGUAUUUAAUUUUUAGUGGGUAAGUAAAAGGAAACUUUUGACAAUAUUUUUGUGUAAUAACUAAUAAUAGCAUUUAGUUAAUUGAAUACUUACCUUUAAAAGGCAUUUAUUAGUUAUAUAUCUUAGAAGUUGUCUCUCAUAUAUUUUCAAAUCAAAUGUAUGUUUGUUGUUUUUAAUAAAAAUAUAUAUGACUGUUA